AAAAAAAUUAGACUAUGUGGCAGUUAUGGCAGGACGUGUGGAAUCACAGGCGUGCCAAAAUAAAUAAAUAAAUAAAAAUAAAGAGAAAGAAAUCAUUAUAUAAAGAGUAAAGUUACUUUUUUAUUGACUUUUACUUUUGUUAGUAAAGAAAAGGAAACAAUUUUUGUCAUUGAUGUUUCUAUUUCGCUUGCCUUUUCUAUUUUGCUUUUAACGAAAGUAAUGGUCUGUCAAUCAAUUGGCGUUGGGAGGGACUGAAACUAAACUUCAAAUAGGUUAAAUGUAUUUAAACAUCAAAUCUGUUUACAGAUUAUAAGGUAUAGACAAAAAAUUAAUUAAUAAUGAAAUGCCCCCCCCAAAAAAAUUGAUACAAAACUGAUCAUUCUGAUUCCUCCUACUUAACAGCUCUAAAACAGAAGUCCUUUUAGUUGGUACCACCGCAAUGCUCUCUAAUGUCCAUAAGUUCUCUAUUACCAUCAACAAUUUACCGAUCUCUCCUUCGUCUCAGGUUAAGAGUCUGGGUGUCAUCCUCGACAGCACACUUUCCUUCCGGUCACAUAUCAACAGAAUCACCAGAUCAGCCUAUUUCCACUUUCGCAACAUUUCGCGCCUCCUCCCUUCCACCCGCCAUACCGCUUCCACCCUGCAAGUCCCUCCAGAAACUGCAGCUCCUCCAGAACUCAGCAGCACGCCUCAUCACACAAACCCCCGCAACACACCACAUCACCCCCAUCCUCCGUCAACUUCACUGGCUUCCCGUCAAACAAAGAAUCAACUACAAGAUCCUCAUCAUCACCUUCAAAAUACUCCAUGCCCUGGCCCCUCCUUACUUUUGCGAUCUUCUCCGUCUAAACAAUCCAACCCGUUCACUUCGCCCUACCACUAUUCUUCCCCUCUCCGUCCCACGUGUCCGCCUCUCCACCUUUGGUUCCAGAGCUUUUAGUCAUUGCGCCCCCCAGCUCUGGAACUCCCUACCCCCUGAUCUCCGCAGCAUAUCUACUCUAUCACUUUUCAAAUCUAGACUGAAAACACACCUAUUCACUCUUUCUUACCCACCAUAACCCCUAGCUGUCAUAUUUUUAAUUCUUUUUAUUGUGUUUUUAAUUUUUUUUAUCCUUUUAAUACCUUUUUAUCGUACUGUGAUUCCAUGUCUCUUGUGAAGCGUCUUUGUGUGUUUGAAAAGCGCUCUAGAAAUAAAAUGUA